AUGAGUAUGUUGCAGUCAUAUAUGGAUUAUGCUGUUGCAGGAUCCCAUUUUAUCAAACGGGGCCCCUUUUUCACUCUUUGGUUUUGCAUUUGCACUGCGCCGAUCGAAUUCUCUCGUUCGCAAGAUCGAUCGAUCGACCUCGCUUUCUCAUCUCACCGAUCGACCUCACAAGGGGAUGGUUUGAGAGGAAUUUAGAUCCAAGUGACCCCAACAACAACAACAACAACAGAGAUUGAGUUGCUUAAGUGAAUUCAAGCGGUAGCGGUUUAUGACAAAGCGGUCGGUUGACUAGCUUAGCUAGCUAUUUAAUUUCAAUUUCAUUUCAUCAGUCUAUUAUCAAUUUAUCAGCAGCAUCGAGAUCGAGAGAGAGAGCGCGCUCUGAGUCCCCCGAAUCGCCAACAAACAGGCAGUGAAAAAGCAGUCCUCCGAUCUCCGGAACCCUCCCACUCUCCGUCCUAGCACAGAUGACCAGAGAGCCAUUUGUAAUUAUACAAGUAUAAGUAUCAGCCGCAGAUCCCUGGGAGAAAAAAAAAAUGUUGACGACCAAAGCAGCAGUAGCAACAGGUGCCUCUCCAAGCCUUCCAAAAUCCGGAGCCAUUUCAAAAGGCUACAACUUCGCUUCUACUUGGGAACAGAAUGCUCCGCUGACAGAGCAGCAACAAGCAGCAAUAGUAGCACUUUCUCAUGCAUUUGCCGAGCAACCUUAUCCUGUCAAAUUGUCCCAGGAGCGUGUACAUGGACAAGAUAAUGGUUUGUCCAUUUCAACUAAGCACUGCACUGUGGAAGAAUCGGGGGCUAUUGAAGCAGUUUUGGUCAAUACGAAUCAGUUUUACAAAUGGUUUACAGAUCUUGAAGCAGCCAUGAAAUCAGAGACCGAAGAGAAGUAUCAACACUACUUAACCAGUUUGACCGAACGCAUACAGACAUGUGACGGUAUACUCCAUCAGGUGGAUGAAACCCUGGAUUUGUUUAAUGAACUACAGCUGCAGCAUCAAGCAGUGGCAACAAAGACCAGAACUCUUCAUGAUGCAUGUGAUCGACUGCUAAUAGAGAAGCAAAGACUCAUUGAAUUUGCAGAAGCACUUCGUAGUAAGCUCAAGUACUUUGAUGAAUUGGAAAACGUUGCUACCAAUUUUUAUUCUCCAAACAUGAAUGUUGCAAAUGGAAAUUUUCUCCCACUGCUCAAAAGACUUGAUGAGUGCAUAUCGUACGUUGAAAGCAAUCCACAGUAUGCAGAAUCCAGUGUAUACUUGGUCAAAUUUCGACAACUCCAGUCUCGGGCACUAGGGAUGAUUCGUUCUCAUGUACUGUCUGUUCUCAAAAAUACUUCUUCUCAGGUCCAGGCAGCAAUCCGAAGCAGUAGUGGCAGCAAAACAGCUGUUUCAGAGGGUGUAGAAGCAUCUGUCAUAUAUGUCCGUUUUAAAGCAGCAGCAAGUGAGCUUAAGCCAGUGUUAGAGGAAAUUGAAAGCAGAUCACCCAGGAAGGAAUAUGCCCAAAUUCUUGCAGAAUGCCACAAACUAUACUGUGAACAGCGGCUCUCCUUGGUUAAAGGCAUAGUGCAUCAGCGGAUAUCUGAGUUUGCCAAGAAGGAAAAGUUGCCGUCAUUGACUAGAUCUGGAUGUGCAUACCUAAUGCAGGUAUGUCAGCUUGAGCAUCAACUCUUUGAUCAUUUUUUCCCUUCGUCUUCAGAAGAUAUUUCAAGUUUGGCUCCUUUGAUAGAUCCCCUGUGUACAUACUUGUACGAUACAUUACGCCCAAAACUUAUUCAUGAAGCAAAUCUUGAUAUUCUUUGUGAACUUGUUGAUAUUCUUAAAGUUGAAGUCCUUGGAGAACAACUCAGUAGACGAAGUGAAUCACUUGCUGGAUUACGUCCUACAUUAGACAGAAUUUUAGCCGAUGUUCACGAGCGAUUAACUUUUCGGGCUCGAACCCAUAUUCGUGAUGAAAUUGCAAAUUACAUUCCUUUCGAUGAAGAUUUGGAUUACCCUGCAAAGCUGGAACGAUCUCCUGAGAUGAUAUCAGAAACUACUUCUGCUGAUGAAAACUCAGAUGUUUUCGAGACAUGGUACCCACCCCUGGAGAAAACUCUAUCUUGUUUAUCGAAAUUGUAUCGCUGUUUAGAGCCAACAGUUUUCACGGGUUUGGCACAGGAAGCUGUUGAAGUUUGUUCCGAUUCCAUCCAAAAAGCAAGCAGACUGAUUGCAAAAAAGGCAUCACCAAUGGAUGGGCAACUUUUCCUUAUAAAGCAUCUCCUCAUCUUAAGGGAGCAGAUUGCACCAUUUGAUAUAGAAUUUUCAGUCACGCAUAAGGAACUUGAUUUCUCACAUUUACUGGAUCAUCUGAGACGGAUUCUUAGAGGUCAGGCAUCACUGUUUGAUUGGUCAAGAUCAACUUCCUUGGCGAGGACCCUGUCUCCCCGAGUUUUGGAAAGUCAAAUAGAUGCCAAGAAGGAACUGGAGAAAAGUCUUAAAGCAACAUGUGAAGAGUUCAUUAUGUCAGUCACAAAGCUUGUUGUGGAUCCUAUGCUUUCCUUUGUUACCAAGGUGACAGCUGUGAAAGUUGCAUUGUCUUCGGGAAGUCCAAAUCAAAAACUAGAGUCAGCUUUGGCAAAACCACUCAAGGAUCAAGCUUUUGCUACACCUGAUAAGGUUGCUGAACUUGUUCAGAAGGUUAGUGUUUCUAUAAAGGAAGAGUUACCAAGAGUGAUGGCAAAAAUGAAGCUUUAUUUGCAAAACCAAUCAACACGUACAAUACUUUUCAAGCCUAUAAAGACUAACAUUGUUGAAGCCCAUAUUCAAGUACAAUCCCUCCUAAAAUCAGAGUACUCCCCUGAAGAGAUGCAAGGAAUUAUCAAUAUGGUUUCCAUACAACAUCUGCAAAUGCAACUUGACAACCUCCUGUAGGAUAUGCUUCUAGUUCUAGCCCCUUGUAACUCGGUGUGGGUCAUUUUCUGUCUUAAUGCCAUUCAUCACACACACACACACAUAUAUAUAUAUAUAUAUAUAUUUUUUUUUAAAAAAAAAAAAAAAGCAGUUUGAUUUCCCAGAAAGGGAAAAGAGGUAGAAAAAGGUGCAAAGAUUGGAUCAUUUAUUUGAGUUGUCUUUGAGCUGUUGUUUUAUUUACUAAAGGUCAUGUAAACUAAUUUGAUUUAAAAAAAGAAAAGAAAAAAAGGGUUCAUAUCUACUUGUA